AUGGCAUACACUCCUGAUUCAUUCCAGAGCGAAAUCAUUUACCCGACUCACUCCCGGGGCUCCAGCAGUGACAUCAGCACUGCCAAUCGCCUCCUGCUGAGCAGGCAGAACCGGCUCCUGAAUGGGAACCUUCGGGACUACCGCACCUCGUCCCCCAUGGGAAGAGUUAUCCUCAUCAAUACACCCCUUGAAGGUACCGUUGGGGAUGAAGGUGGGAGGUGGUAGUGUGCAAGGGACAUGAUUUCUACCUACAUAGCCAAGCCAGAUCCUGGCUGGAUGGAGAGAGUUGGUAUCAUCCUUUUGCAAAGGAGUAGAGCCAUAGCCAAAUGGUGCUGUUUGUUCCUUUCCUUGCAAGAUCAGUUGCAGAUUUAUGAGGAAGUUGCUGUGACCCAAGAGAGCCAAUUAGCGCGCACACCUCAUUGCCCUGCAAUUUUAUAUACAUCCCAGUAUUAGUAAAUAAGCCAAUUAUGUGAUUAGGAAGUAUCACAGUAAUUAGAAACAUGCAUUUGUAAUAUGCAUAAUUCCAGGAAGUAAAUGUUACCUCAUGUUAUAUAGGAUGGGUUGUUUUCGGCAAUUAUUUGGUGCAAAGAAAUGAGGUGUUGGGGCAGAGAUAAGAGGACAUGGAGCAGUGGCAGACCUUGGGGUCUCAAAAUUCAGCACCCCAUACCUCUUGCCUUCCAUACUACAUUAUAGUUGCAGUGGCCCCUAUGGCACACCAAGGCUCCACACCCAGUGCAACUGAACCAGCCGUGCUCCCCUAAAUUAGCCUCUACAUUGAGGGAGAGAGAUAAAAUUGAUUCAGGCAGCUUCCCAUAAUGCUGAGCCUCAGCAAAACGGGACUUUCUACUAUGCUGCCACUUUCUGAUUGAGGACCAAAGAAGACACGGUAUGAGAAGUCCAUGAGCAGAACUGUGGAUCCUUUUUAAACAGGGUGCAUUUUAAACAGGCUCGAGCAGAGAGGGUGAGAUACAGCUGGGUAUACCUGUUCCAGGCCUCAGAGGGCUAGGCCAGCCAAAUGAGGAGUGCCACCAGGCCUGCCAGACUUACACUGUUCAGGGUCUAUAACUUUAUUCUAAGAAGACUCCUUCAUCAGGCCUCAGACAAGCUCUGCAUGGGCCUGAUUUUAGUUGUGAAUUGCAACCAUAGGGAUCAUAGGGUGAGGAAGAGCUAAUUUGGAUCAGGGCCAUGAUGGAGAUAGAGCUUAACACUUUCUCUGGGCUGCCCUCCCCCAUUCCUCUAUUUGCCCCAGGUAGCAAAACAUAUAGGUGUCAUAUAGAACAUUUUACAGGCUCCUUGAUAUAUAGAGGUCAAAAUCUAGAGAUUUAGAGGAGAAAAGGCUCCUGCCACCCCAACCCCAACCCCCUCCAAUAGACUGAUCUGCCUCCUCAUUUGACCUUGCCCUGUACUGAGCCACUCCCAUGGCUCCUAUUAACAUGUUGCAGUCAUUUUAUUACGGUCAAUAGCCAGUGUCAAGAUAAAAACACCAAUUACAAAAUUGAAAAGCUGAGAGCAAAAUAAAAUAGUAUAAAAUCACAUCCACAUAAAAAAGCAGUUCUAGUUGGGAACUCUUCUGGUGCUGGCCAUGUUCCCAGGGUGUGAAGGCAUUUACAGUAUUGCUGCCUGAUAGGAGAAGAGGAGGGGGAGAUGCUUGUUGCAGUUCUAGGUUUGUGUUGUGUGUAUUGUAAUCAUUUAUAUUAGACAGGACAUCCAUGUGUGCAUUGACAGAGGAGAUACACUUUGACAAACGCUCCCAUGUCUCCCUAGGAAGUAAACUGUCAGGGAUUUCAUGGCAUGCCCUCCAGCCUGCCCAGAUGUCAUUUCUGGGUCUGGUGGACCCACAAUGGUGGGGAAGAGAGGCUAAAAUGCAGAGUGUGGGGAGGUGUGGCAUAUUUCUCUUGCAAUUCUUUCUACUAUCACUUUCCCAGUGUUAUGGUAGAGGAUCAUGAGUAGCUCCUUUUGCUGGUCAUUCCAGCGCAGUGAGUGUCCUUAGUGGUGUCAUUUCAUAAUUAUAUCAUGCUGUAUCCCCAUGACAGCUAACAGUGAUGAGAGUGAUGCCAUCAAUGCCAUUACGGUGGAUAAAAGCACAGAUGGGAAGCUGGGCUUCAGUGUGCGCGGAGGCUCGGAGCAUGGCCUGGGUAUCUUCGUCAGCAAGGUGGAGGAGGGCAGCAGUGCAGGUAAGCAAAAUCUCUCCAACCCUCCCAGCCUUAAAAACAGACAACAAGCUGCUCGGGUGUUCUGUCCAUAAAACAAGGACUUCAUUCUAGUCCCUGCAACACUGGCAAAAUCACCUAGACUUCAAUCUUUGCCAGCAAGUGGUCUUCCAGUGCUGACCAGUUCUUCUUCAGGACCUAACCCAUGUCUGCAGGUUGCAGUAAAACCCAAGCAAAGUAAUUUAUUUGAGACAAUGUUUAUGUGUCAUGUUGCUAAGUAGUUCUGGAAGCAUAUCCGUAUAGAAUUCCAUGACAUCGCAAAAUGUCAGAUUCUCCAAGAGCCAUGCAUACAGGUCUUUAGAGCUCCAGUGAAGAAUUAGUCUUUUAAACAGAGAGAGAAAAUAUGCUAUCAAGGCUAUUAUUAUUAUUUAUUACAUUUUUAGCCCACCUUUCCCCCAAGGAACUCAAUGUGGUGUACAUGGUCCUCUCCCUCCUCUGAGGGGAAAGGGCCAAAGAAGGAAAUUAUAAAGAAAAAGGCUGCUGUUGUUAUAUAAAUAAACUGGGAAUAUAAAGGAAGGGGAUAAGAGAGAAAAGCUUUUACAGGCGGAAGAAGCAAAUGUCUAAGGACCAAGGAGGAGAGAUGAAAGAAACUUGUAGUUGUGGGAGAGAGGCAGAAAUUAGGUAGAAGUUGAGUGUGAAAAGCGAGUGGGAGAAGAAAUUACAGAAGAUGGGUAAAAAUACUUUUAGGGUCCUGUGGGAAUGGGGAGGGGAAAAUACGUUUUAAAGUUUUUUCCACUUGGAGCCCCUGAAUUAGCAAAUCCUGCCUGAAAUGAGGAGGCCCUCACAAUGUCUUCGUAGCAAAUUAUGUACUUAGCAUGAGGAAAACUGACCCCUUGAACUCCUUGCCACAAGAACAAUGCUGUGGCAGAGUUUAACCAUUUCCAAAGAUGGAUUUGAUAUCAGUGGGAAACAAUGUCAGUAAAUGCCAGCUGUUUUUUCCAAACUCUGCUUCCUGAACCGCCAUUUAGUGACUGAGGUAGACCUCAGUAGUUUUCAGCUGUUUCAACUAGGAGUAGAAAGUUUGAGAAACCUUGCCUUACUCUAAAAUGUGUGUGCUAUAUACUUUUAUAGUUUGUCAUUUUAGUAAUACUGUAAAAAUAUAUAUAUUUUAAAAAAGAAAACCAGGAAAGAGAAACCCUCUCUAAUCCUUAGCCCAAGUUGAGUUACCUGUAUUUAAUACCAACAGAACAGGCUGGGCUGUGUGUUGGAGAUAAAAUCACAGAGGUGAAUAGUGUGAGCUUGGAGAACAUUACAAUGGGAAGCGCAGUCAAAGUCCUGACAGGGAACAACCGGCUGCGGAUGGUCGUGAGACGCAUGGGCAAAGUGCCAGGGAUAAAGUUCUCCAAAGAAAAGACCACAUGGUAAGCGGAACUGCCUGCUAUGGUGACACCCUAUUGUCAGCAGGCCCUUGGGUAACCAAAAAUCACAAUGUGUUGUUUGUAAGGGCCGAGGGAAGUGUGCUGGGCUCAGCGGAGCAGAGAAGGUGCGAUCGGGUUUCGUGAGAAGCAAGGAGAUGCUAUCGGGAUGAACUCUGACCAGGGCGCAGGAGAGGGACGGGUCAAGGUGACCUGGGGUUACUGGGCUAAAUGCUCCCCUCUGACUUAGGGCGCUUCCAGACUACUGCUGUUUCCAGGUGGGGUUCAAUCACAUACAGUUGCACUGCUUGGGUUGUGUUUACAUCAUACCUUUUAAAGCACAUUCAAAGCAUGCCGCCACCUUCACCAAAGGAUCCUGGGAACUGUGGUCUACCUCUCACAGAGCUAGCAUUCCCAGCACCCUUAGCAAACUACAGCUCUCAGAAUUCUUGCAGGGAGGGCAAGGUGCUCUAAUUGCGUUUUAAAGGCGUGUUGUGCAGCCAGCUGUAGUUGACUAGGAUGUCAUGCAACGAUCCCUCAAAAUAGGGUUGCCAUAUUUCAAAAAGUAUAAUUUAUGACACCCGCAAACUUUUUUUUUAGGAAGCCUCCAAAAUUGUAGAGCUUUUUAAGGAAACCACCAAACUAAUGGGGGGGCGACCUACCCCCAAAAUAGUGAUUUUAAGCUUUUGGAGCUGUUUCCGCUGCUUUUUCCAUCGCAUUGUCAUACAUCUGGGUUUUCCCUGACAUUUUGCCGUUUCGGUAAAAUCCCCCUCGCCGACGCCAUUUUUACACCUGAAAACCAGGAUGUGUCAGGAAUUUUGCUGAUGUAUGGCAAGCCUACCUCAAAAGAUCUGAGUUUUUGUAUUAAGGAAAGUAACAGGAAAAUGCACUGGAAAAUAUGGGCUAACUCCUGCUUUUAGGUAACAUCGCCAAAGCUCUCUGCAGACAAAUUGGGAUGAAUAAACAGGCCAUUAAAACACAUGGGGAAAUGAGGCUGGACACGGGCUUUCUGCAUAAUAUGUAGGUAGGAAAUGAAUAGUGAGGAGCAGAGGGCUGGGAAAUCAUUUGCUAAUGUGAAAGAGGAAAACAGAAGAGGAUCAAGGGGGCAUGCAUGGGACUCUGUAAGCAGCAGGGCUGGAUUAAAGCCUUUAGAGCCCCUAAGCACUGAAAAGAUUUCGGUGCCCCCAUAUGCAAUUCAAAAUCAAACAAUGCUAAACUGUAAAACAACAUGUUAUUUCUGGAAAUGACACAAGACAUGUUGAAAUUAAAAUAGCUUCUUUCUAAGUUUUCUGAUUGCAAAACUCUGGAUAAAUUCAUCAAAACUGACUUGAUGAAGCACAUUCGCUUCCAUAAGUCCUCUCUCUCUGAGGACUUCUUAUUCAUUUCAGCUGAGGAAAAAGCAUUAUUCACAGCAUUCAUAACCCGAUCUCUACAGUUGGAAGUGCAUAUUGUGUUCAGUCUUUCAUUACUGUGAAAGAUCCACGACUGAAUUUUAUGUUUUCUGUUUCAUUAAACUUCGUGACAUAUAACAGUAGAACUGCUGUAGUUGCCCACAAAAGAUUCAAGUUAAAGUCCUGGGAGUAUGAGUCAGCUAGCUUUUGGGAAUCUUGUAACUAUCGUACAUCAGAUAAGUCUAUAUUAUUUAGAAAAUUAAAUCCACUUGAUACUUCUUCACAUACAUUUCACUUCUCUUCAUAUUAGCUUCAGGUGUAUCAGUUAUAUCACAGUAAGUAGAUACAUGAAAUUUGUCUCUAAGAUUCAGGUGCUGUUUCUGAUGCACUGGUGCAUUUGCUUGUUUUUUCCUGAUUUGCUUGCAGGACUGGCCUACUUUGUAGUUAAUGUCAGGGAAGGGAUCUUCUGGUAUGCCGUCAGAUCUUUUGAAACCAUUCCUCAAAGUGUGCAACUGAUCUGCUAAUGAUUGACAGGUCUGCACAGGUUUUCAAAUCCUUCUUAGUGGUAGCCCCUGUGAUUGUGGAAAUGUUUUCUCAGGGAGGUUUGGCUGGUGCCAAGCUUUUGUGCAAGCUUUGGCACACUCUUCUAAUCUAGUUUAUCGUGGGGGGGGGGGCUUUCUCACUGCUUUUGUUUUAGGUUAUACUUGUUGGUGAUUAUCAUAUUAUUGUGCCACAAACUAGGCCCAAAAUACAAGACCCGUGCUUCUUCACACUCCCUCCUUUAUAGUUGCUUUUAACCAUUUGUCCUUGUUUCUAUCUUUUUAAGUUAUGUAUGAUAUACCUUUUAACUACUAGCUUUUAUUCCUUACCUGUUUUAAGUCUUAUGUGUUCUGUUUAUCCAUAUGUUUUAUCUUAUGCUGGUCUGUGACUGAAAUAAAGUUUGAUACUGAUACUUGCUCUAUUACGUCAGCUGCUCUGAAGGGUGGGAUAUAAACAGGGCUUUUUUUCGGCGGGAACUCACUCGAACUCAGUUCCGGCACCUCUCAGGUAGGUCCCAUUGCAAUUCUAAGAGAACGAGGGAAAUAGCACUGGACAUAAGUUUCCUAAAAUACAAUACAUCAUCCCCCGAUCCAGCAUGGAGAGGUUCUCUUCUGAAACCAGAAAGGCCCAGGCUCCAGCCUACUUGUCAGUCAGAAACACACUUAUGGAAAAGAUACGGGUGGGACAUGGUUGCAUAAAACAGAGGAAGUGAGUAGACAUGCUCAAAGUCCCUGUUAAAAGCAUGUUCUGGAGACAUGUUUUGGUGUGUUGGGUGUCAGCCCUAACAAGCCCUGAUUCAAAUAAAGCUUUGUUCCAGAGGUGGCCAUAUGCUAGUGUGGCUGGAGCCACCCCACAUUGCUUUCAUUCUCUUUCUGUCUCACACAUGGACACAUUAAUUCUCAUUCUCUCUCUCUCUCUCUUCCCCUUCCUCAGCCCCAUUCCCCCACAUGGCAAUUCUCCCUAAGAGGGAAAAGCUCCCAUUUGCAUCCAUGGAAGCUUUCCUCUAAGCCUAUCUGCCACAUGGGGAGAGCUAUUUUUCUCAGGGUGGUAGCUGGGGUAGGUGGAAGAAGAGUGAACCCUCCUUGUGUACAAAAAAAUAAAUAAAUCACCCUGUUCCUUGGGUCUAAGUCUCAGUUACGGUUGUUCAACAUCCAGAUUGCAAUUAUGUUUACGUUCUGCCUGCCACCUAUGGGCUUAUUGAUUUUCCAAGUUCCAUUCAAAAAUAUUUCAGCAGAGUCCAGAAUACUCGGUGAAUUCUUUAUCUCGCCACAGGGUUGAUGUGGUGAACAAGCGCCUGAUUGUGGAGAGGAGUGGCUCAACUCCAUCAGACACGAGCUCUGAGAUUGGGAGGCGGAGGAUCAUUCACCUGUAUACCACCUCUGAUGACUACUGCUUGGGUUUCAACAUCCGUGGGGGGAAAGAGUAUGGCCUUGGUAUCUACGUCUCCAAGUAAGUCUUGAGGCUUGUCCACACUUCCACUUGAAAGCAUGAGUCUGAGCGGUUUUCUGCUCACCCCACUCAGUUCUCAGGGAAAACCCACUCUUUAGUGCUCUUUGAGCAAACAUCAACCCAGAAAAAAAUCCUGAAUUGCCUUUGUUCUGAUUGAGCACUAAAGAGCUGUUUCACACUGGAGCUUGCCACUUUUAACUGUUUUGGAAUCUUGAUACCACCUUGGCUGAGCACACACCAUACAUUUAAAGCACAUUGCUUCCCCCAAAGAAUCCUGAGAACUGUAAUUUAUUCCUAAUUGAGCUACAACUCCCAGUACCCUGAACAAUCUACAAUGUCCAGGAUUCUUUGGCAGAAGACAUGUGCUUUAAAUGUAUGGUUUGUAUGCAGCCUAAGAUUAGGUUUACUAUCCCUGCAUAAUACUUAGGACCCAUUUCUAUUAAGAAGCUCCAGCCAUAAUGAUAUGAUACGAUUCUUUGUAGAAAUACAGUGGUGCAUUGUAGAAUUUGUUUUGCUUGCUAUCCUUGCUCACUCUGCAAGCCGCAGAAUAAACUACCAGAGCUAGCUUAAACCUCAAUUAUGCAUGCUUACUUGGGUGUAAAUCUUAUUAAACUUACUGGAUCUGUUUAAUAGGUGCUCUUUAACACCCUUGAUCCACCUUUAAAAUGUAAAAUUGGGUUAGGUAUAUCAUGAGAAAAAGAUAGAUUUCCCCCCACUCUUUUGGUACAGGGCUGUGACUGUAAUGGUUAUUCAAUCUUAUUUGAAUUUGAUACCAAAUAUAGAUCCUUCUUUCAGGUUAAUUAAUCUAGAGUAAAAUUGCCGUAUCUUGUGUCUGUAGUAUUAUCUUGUGUCUGUGUAGCAUUUGUAUGCGACUGUAGCAGCCCUCUUGCCUCUUGUAUUUAGACUUUUUCAAUCAAGUUUGUUCAGUCCCAAAUGCAUGCAGCCUCAGAGAAGCCACAGCUGAUGUCACCUUCUGUAGCAUGACCACAUCAUUAGAUUUGAUCCGUGGCUUUCUAUGAACUGGGGACAAAUAAUCUUCAGCUCUGAAUAUGUUUACGGGGCUUACGCCAAUCUUCCACAAUUAGUUUAAAAGCUGGGUCAUUUCAAUAAUUUACUGAGACAUUGGUGAAUUUAUUAGAAGGAGUCACUCACAUCCUGGCUAUUACCUACAAUCUAAUCCCUGGAUUUGCAAAUCUUUCCCCAGACAAAUUCCGUCCCCGGAAUGUCCCCAGAUUUGCAAAUUUGUCCCUGGGAAACAUGGCAGCGGCAGCCUCAGCAGCCCGGAGCCAGUCUGUUAGCGGGCGGGUGGCCAUUGCACAGGAGGGGCGCAAGGGGCGCGGUUUCUCUGCCGGGCAAGGUGCAAAGCCCUUCUUUCGCACCCUGUGAAACAUAAAUGCGCAGACUUUUUAAAAAACUGGGCAAUGGCGCAUCGCACACCCAUGACUCCCCCGAUCUCCUGCCCCCUUCCCCCUUUGUUUUGACAGAUCGGGGGAGGCUGGGGAGCCACGGGUGGGUAGCCAUUGCCCAGUUUUUUAACAACUCUGCGCAUUUAUGUUUCUCAGGGUGAGAAAGAAGGGCUUUGCACCUUUAUACAAUAUGCAUGUGUGCUUGGGCUCAGGGUCUUUUGCCUCACCAUCCCCACUACUGACUCCCUGUUGCUACUCAGUUUCCAAAAAGAAAAGGUGUCCCCGGAUUCAUUGAAAAAAAUCUGGUAACCAUAAUCUAAAGAAAAGGUAAAAAAGGCUCUUCUGUUUUCAGAAUCAAUUCUUAACACCUCAGUCUCCUUUGAGAGCCAUGAGGGAAAGUGCCUUAGAGGGACAUGCCUUCCAGUUAUGCUAGGAGGAACCAGAGUUGUUGCAUCACUCUUAUUGUCAUAGAAUCCUGGGACUGGAGAGUUGGAAAGACCCAACGGGUCAUUAGGCCCAACCCUCUGAAAGCCUCCCCCUCUCUGUUGACCAAGAACAUGUUCUAGUUCCCCUUGUCCUGUUCACUUGACUUGGAAUGCCUUGUAUACCUGCCCAAAGCCUCACUGUUCCCAUUCAAGAAUAAUCAUCCUAAUGUCGUAUCGUUCCCAGAGUGGAUCCCGGUGGGCUUGCUGAGCUUCAUGGGGUCAAGGUCGGCGACCAAGUCCUUGCAGCCAACGGAGUCAAGUUUGACGACAUCAGCCAUAGCAAGGCAGUGGAAGUGCUAAAGGGGCAGACCCACAUCAUGCUGACCAUCAAGGUGAGGCCUGUGCCUUGCCAAGUGCUGAGCCAAGAUUGGGAUAGGAAGCGGUGUUACUCUAUUGGAAGAUGACCCAGUGGUCCCAUUACUAUGGGAGGUUAGGGCCAUGAGUAAAGGUAAAGUUAAAGGGACCCCUGACCAUUAGCUCCAGUUGUGACCGACUCUGGGGUUGCGGUGCUCAUCUCGCUUUAUUGGCCGAGGGAGCCGGCGUACAGCUGGUCAUGUGGCCAGCAUGACUAAGCCACUUCUGGCGAACCAGAGCAGUGCACGGAAACACCAUUUACCUUCCCGCCGGAGCGGUACCUAUUUAUCUACUUGCACUUUAACGUGCUUUCGAACUGCUAGGUUGGCAGGAGCAGGGACCGAGCAACAGGAGCUCAGCCCGUUGUGCGGAUUCGAACCGCCGACCUUCUGAUCAACAAGUCCUAGGCUCUGUGGUUUAACCCACAGCACCACCCGCGUCCCUAGGGCCAUGAGACAAGGCACCAAUAUCCUGAUUGCUGGGUAUUGUCAGAGUUCUCACCAGCUCCCAUAGUCAGCUUCCUACAGGUGUAAUCUCUUUCUCUACCUAGCCAGACAUAGGAUACAUCCUUUCUAUGGCUGAGCAGAGAGCGUGGCACCCUGGCCUAGGAAAAUGGCACUUUAUAAAUAAGUAGGCUACAAAGGGCCAGGGAGCAAAGACUACUAUUUUGAUAAAGGGCUGAUCCACACUUUUGCUUGACCCUUCUUUUUGACCAUAUUGUGUACCCAUUAAUUCCCCAGGGUUUGAGAGCUUUUCUCUUUGUUCUGCAGCUGUCCCUAGCAAAAAUCCGAUCUUACCCACUGAACUGAAGCUCAGUUAAACAAAAUCUCUCUUCAGAUUUUCUGCACAUCUAAUGAGAUCUGAUUCAGUGGGUGAGAUUUUUACAAGACACGGCUACAAAACCAAGAGGAAAGCUCUUGAAUUAACUGGUAUAAAAUACAAUCAAAAUACCGGUCAAGUGGAAAGAAAGUAAAAAAAUACGGGUCAAGCAAAAGUGUUGAUGAGCCCUUAGGAAGUGGUAGCUGCUAGAGGUGGAAAGCAGAAGCCCUCCAUUUCUGCUCAAUGUGCCCCGAAAAAGAGACCAUGCCCUCUAAGAAGUUGCUUGCCAAAGCAGCAGCACUGAAGUCUCUUUCUUGCUGCCUUCUGUGACGCCCAGCAACUCCCUCCCCAAGACGCUGUGGGACCCAGACUCUUGAGACUUAGCAGAUUCAGUUUCAGCUGGGAAGGGACCUGGCAGUAGGGGAUGCAUUAUUUAUCAAAGUGUCUCUCCGCCUGGGAUCGGGUUAGCCUCUGAAGACACCGCUCAGUGCUGGGCAGGCAGCAAAUGAUCCCAUGACGUGUUGUGUCUGUCUUCUGUGCUUUCCAUCUAGGAGACGGGGAGGUUCCCUGCAUACAAGGAAAUGGUGGCUGAGUAUUGCUGGCUCAACAGAUGUAAGACACAAAUGCACAUUUUCUGUCUACAUUAAUAUGCUGGGUGUUGCUUUGCUAAGGAUGAGUAAGGAGUGCCAGAGCAUUCUGAAAGCAAAUUGCUUUCCCUCCUUGCAUUUCAGAAAACAAUCCUCUUUCCUCCCUCACCCUUGCGUUUGGGCUGUUUGCAAAGAAUGCAGUGUCAUCAAAAGACAAAACAUGCAGAAAGAAUAGCCCAGGAGUGGGUGCUGUGUUGCACAGACCAUUGUUGAUGGAGCUCAAAUUCUCUCCUCCCAGUUGGCAUUUUCACCCUUAAGGACAUGCUUGCAAUAGCAUAAAUCUAUGAGUCUGUUGCAUAAAGAAAGAAAACAGCAGUUCAGAGGAGCAUGGGAAGCUGCCUAAUAUUGAGUCAGGACAUUGGUACAGUGGUACCUUGGUUCUCAAACUUGAUCCGGUCCAGAAGUCCGUUCCAAAACUAAAGCGUUCCAAAACCAAGGCAUGCUUUCCCAUAGAAAGUAAUGCAAAAUGGAUUAAUCCAUUCCAGACUUUUAAAAACAACUCCUAAAGCAGCAGUUUAACAUGAAUUUUACUGUCUAAUGAGACCACUGAUCCAUAAAAUGAAAGCAAUAAACAAUGUACUGCAGUCACACAAUCUAUCAAUCAGUAGCUGAACUGGUUUCCACACAGUCACAAAAACAAAAAAGAGCCGCAAAAACAAAAACGCAAAACAAAUAGCAAAAACAGACAGACCUCAGCGUAACACUCAAAACGGAAGUGUGGCACUCAAAUCAGAAGUGUGGCACUCCAAACGGAAGCGUAACACUUAAAAUGGAGCAGUUUGCAAACCAGAACACUUACUUCCGGGAUUGCAGUAUUUUGGUUCCAAGUCAUUUGAGAACCAAGGCACCACUGUACAUCUAACUCAGUAUCAGGUGGGCACACUCAUAAUCUCUCAUGGCACACUCAUAAUCUCAUUCCACACAGCAAUAAUAACAGCAGUGAUUGAACUAUCUAGCACAACAAUUGGGGUUGUUGUUUUUCCCCAGAUACAAAGUUGUAGCACAUUCCUUGCUGUGGAAAGGCAAUAUUCCCACAACAAAAGCAAUGCAAGUCAUUUGGCCUGUGUGCAAUAAUGGGUAGCUUCUGUGCAUUUAUUGUACUAACAUGGAUUGUCAAAACAGGAAAGACUCCUAUAAUACUCCUCUCUCUCUCUCUCUCUCUCUCUCUCUCUCUCUCUCUCCACACAGUGACCAAUGGCCAGUUGCAGGAGCUGUCCCAGACCUCAGAAUCCAGCUCCUCUGCAUCAUCCUACUCCUCAGGGACCCCCUUCAGCUCCAUGAAUGGCCUGUUCAUGGCCCCGAUCCCCAGCUCAGCAGCACAAAGUUGCAUGGUGGAUGUUGGCAUCUCUGCUGAACUGCCAGUCCAGAGACACACCUUGGAGAGAGCAGAGACCGCCAUGCAGACUGAUCCGCUGUCAGACGGUGCCUCCUAUUCGGGGAGUCUGGUGAUGGAGACCCGACGGGUUGUGGAGCCCUUGAAGAUCCUGAAAGACACCGCCAUCCGCACCGAGAGCCUCAAAGAGUCCUUCCGCUUGAAGAAGCACCGGCCCUUUGCCAGCAGAGAGACAACAGACCCCUCCCCUAAAACUGCCCUCCUUCUGGCACUCAGCCGUCCACGACAGCCCAUCAAGAGAUCGCAGAGCUAUCUGACCAUUUAUGGUAGGUGCCAUGGGAUCGUUAUUCUUACCAUUCUUACCAUGGUUCAUGGAAACUCCAACAGGAUUCCAGGCACCCCAUUCCAGUUGCCCUCCCCAUGUCCCGUUUCCCCCCAGGGAGCAUUCCACACACAUUGAGCAUGCUCAGUCUUUAUUGGGCUGCUGGGGUGAUGGGGGUACCUUUCUGUUUUGACUACAUAAAUACUGGGAGAAUUGAGAUUGCUGCUCCUGUUAUCAUCAUUAUCAUUAUAGCAAUAAUGUAGUGCAAAUCAGGAGGGUUGCAGUUUUGGAAAGCUUACAUUUCCCUUCCCCUCCCUUUCAUUUUACAUUAAUGCAACAUUAUUUUGAUGUCAAAUAUUAAGUGUGGACCCAGGAAAUAAUUUUAUGGAGGAAGAAGGGGAGAGGGAUAAGGCAAAGAGAAGAGGAUUAGACAAAUUCAUGGAAGAUAAGUCUAUCAAUGGCUACUAGCCAUGGUUGUGUUCUAUUUCCACUGUCAGAGACUUUACACCUCUGAAUAUCAGCUGUAGGGAAUCGCAGGUGGGCAGAGUGCUAUUGCGCUCCUGUCCAGCUUGCAGCCUAUCCACAGGGAUUUGAUUGACCACUUCUCUCCUAGGGAGUUCUGAAAAUGUACCUUAUUGCUAAACAGUCCUGGCCCUUAAUAUGUAGGCAGAGAGGAGAAAAUCCCAUGGCACAUCUGAAAGACACUGGUCUGUGCAUUUUGUUCCAUCAUGCAGAAGGUUUCUGGCCCCCAUUUAACAGGCAGAGUCAGAAAGUUACAUAACCAGAUACCUUUUCUUCUCCUUCUUAAAAUGGUACCCACAAUACGCUGUCAAUGGGGCUGGAGUGGGGAAGGAUCAUAUUUUGGGUUAUCCCAGGGCUAUGAUCUUCAGGUAUGACUUUUUGGAUUCUUGCCCCAGAGGAGAAACGCCAGAGGAAGAAAGAGAAGCCGGUCUCCUCGGAGAAGAAGGCCACGCUCCAGCGCUCCAAAACCCUCAUGAACCUGUUCUUUAAAAGCACCCGGACAGGGAAGCCAAGCUCGGCAGCUGGGUCACCAGAGACACAGAGGCGGUCCAAAUCCCCAGCACGGUCUGAUGGCGAGAAAGGUAACAAAAAGAUGUUCUGUUUCUAGCAUCCUCCAGAGAGCACAGUACUCUGGCUCUUGAAUCUGGUCCUGCUUCAUUGUAAACUUGCGCAUGGCAGCAAGGUCCACUGAGAUUUUUGGUGGGGAGAAGAGAACCUUUAACUACAAGGCUUUCCCCCUUUAUUGGGCAGGGACAGAAACAGGGAGAAUAAUAGAUUGUCAAGUGUGUGAGCGUUUCCCCUCACAGAGGUAAAAUUCCCAGUGACCCUUAACAAACUACAAUGCUCAGAAAGGGCAAGAGUGUGUUUUGAAUGUGCUUCAAAGCUUAUAGUGUGUACACAGCCUGAAUGUGAUUGCCAGCCAGCAGGCAGCGGAACCAAUCACCAUUCCUAUUUAUAUCAACAGCUGAGCUGGAGAAUUUCUGUUCCUUUCUUGGCUGUCCAUUUCUCUCCGCACACCAUGACCAAAAGAGAAGGCCCCAGGAUUUGGCCUAGCCAAGAUUAGGGGCCCAUUUUACCAGGUGGACGUAGACUGGGCUGUUGGUUCAUUUACUAGAGCACUGAGAAACAGCAUCUUCCAUUCUGUGCUAAGGGCUUUUCCAUUUGGCCUUUCAUCCUUUCUACUGGUUGGGAGGUUCUUGCCCCGAGCAACAAGGGAGCACAAUGGAAGUGCAUUUGCCAAAUGCUGAUGCUUUGGUGUGAAGCAGCUAGAGCAGGAGCCUGUCUACAGGCAGGAAGGUGGCCAGAGUCAGUCUGUGGGGCACAAGAAUCCUCUGGAGGUCACGUUUGGCAGAACAAGUUGUCAUAACCCUUGCUUCAGCAUUUCAUCACUAAACUGGAAGUGUCAGGAAAAGUCUCUGGGAAACAUGGGGAAAUGUGGCACAGAGAAUUGUACUGUAUACUGGCCUGUCUCCCUAUGUCAGGGGGGAGGAGCCUCAGGGCCAGGAGCCAAAUGUGACCCCUUCUCCAGAUCUCUCUCUCUCUGGUCCACAGAAACUCUGCUCAGGCUCUGCUCCACACUUUUCUAGUUAUUUUACCUGGCUGGGCUGGGUCCCUGAAGUGCAAGAAUACACUUUGGCCACACCCACCACUGGUAUGUGGGCCCUGGAAGGUUUGACCAUGAGGGAAUAGGGUCUUCUUCAGACAUCUUUUCUGUGGUUAUUUGUGCUCAUGAUGCUAUUGGGGCAGUCAUACACCAUUCUGCUUUUGCUGCUGUUUGCACUUGCAAAGGUCCAAGGCAUGCAUACUGCUUUGUGCAGUCAGUGCACAUUCUGUAACUCGCUGCUGAAAUCCUGUAACUUUUCACACCACAAAUGUUUGGAGCGGGGGGCAUCAUUUCACUUGUGUUGCACUAGACGCAGACGUGCCCCUCUAUAUGGUAAGAAUGCACUAACAUUGGGGAAACAUCGCAGGACAACUAAGAAAGCAGAAAGAUGUGUGGAUAGCCCGGUAUAAACCCAUCACUAAUGCACAAUUAUUCCACCGUGACUGGUUGAAGGACACACACAUAAAACCAUCUGUAGGGGCCAGUAGGUGGUAUAGACAGCAUUGUCUGUCAGACUUGCACAAAUUGUAAGAAAAAACACUUCCCCAAAAGGCAGAAUGGCAGUACAGUUUUCCUUUUCUCCCUUUUCAUCAGAUAGAGCAGAGACCAGUCCAAAAUGGCCACCGCUUCCCUCCAAUUUGCCCUUCUCCACUACAGAUUCCAAACUAUUUGUCUUUGCUCUUUCUUCCCAUCUUACCCUCUUGCCUGCAGUUAGCGUCGUACAGAAGAUUGUCACCCGCACUCUGAGACGGGGUAACUGAGCCACAAGCAUGUAGCUUCACGUGAGCAUGCCUUUGGAAACCUGUGCAUGUGUGUGUUUUUGUGUUGAUAUCAAUUGCCACUUCUUCACGCCUUUCCUUUCUCAGCUGUGAAUGUACAACACCUGAACAUCCCACAUCCAAAUCCAGCACCUUAACCAUCUUCAUCUACACUGGGGUGCUUGUGGGUACAGAAUAACUUGCAUGUGCAGUGCCAGUAGUUACCCACAGACAUAAGAUUUCAAGUGCAUGCGUGCAUUUCAGGCUUGUGGUUCCAGGUGGCUAAUGGCCUCAUGCUUUGUUAUUCCCGGAUUAUGUUUUUGCACUGACUUUCUGUGGUGCCCCUCCCAGAAAAAGGCCGCCUUUUCCCCUCCUUGGGCUCCUCUUCCCAGUACAACGGCACAGAGCGCAGCAAAGUCACCGAGAGCCACCUGCUGCUUAUUGAAGACAUGGCCAGGAAGCUGCUGAUGGAGGAUGAAGUGGCAGCUGUGCUGAGACACUGCACCCGGGUAAGGAUGGAGGACAGCUGCCAUGUGUGCCUGAAUGGGCCAAUCUCUCCCUUGAUUGUGAAAUGUCUUGCAACAACUUAUGAUCUAUAGUUGCCUCACUCUGCCUUCAGUUACGUUUGUACCUCUCUUCCGUAAGGCUGUGCUUUAAAGCAUCCCAUUUGUCCUGUUGCUGACAGGCUUCCCAGAAGCACCAGCUUGGUGACUACUGUGCCAAACAGGACGAUUAACAGGAUGGUCCAACAUGAGGCUCUUGCGUUUUGUCUCACUCUGGCACAUGGUUUGGCACCCAUUGCAUUCAUUUAACUAAGAGUCUCUCAUUUCGCUUUAAGUGUCAUGGCUUCCCCAUCAAAGAAUCCUGAGAUUUGUGAUGUGUUGAAAAUCUUCAAACAGUUCUUGGCUCCCUUAACAAACUACAGUUCCCAGGACUCUUGUUGGGGGGGAGGAGAGACACGACUCUUAAAGUGGAGUAAGAGUGUUUGUGGCCACAGUUGGUUUGCUUGCUUUUAUUUGGAGCCUAUUCUGUGCAGGCUUAGGGUGAAAAUCUGGUAGGGCAAAGCAGGCAUUGGCAUGUCUGGCAAUCCAACCUUCACUGCAGCUUUGAAGGUCUUACAUACCCUCAAACGCAUCAAAGGCAAAAACCGGGAUGCCGUCUUCCCAUUUUUUCUCACCAGAGGACAGUGGCCAUUUUCAGUGCUUUGAUCUUGCACCAUUUUGCACUGCAAUCCCCCCCCCCAAAAAAACCCCAGUGUUUUUGGGCAUGGGGUGCCAUGCAAGAUGGGGGGGUGUCGCUGUGCGUAAUUGCACGCAGUCACAGCACCCAAAAAGGCCAGUGUCCUCUUGUGAGAAAAAAUGUGAUGUCCUGGUUUUUCUGGGAUGCUUGCAGGGCAUGGAAUGUUUGCCCUCACCAGUUUGGUACCUCCCACUUCUCACCAUUCCUGUUGGCCUUUGAUGUGCCACUAGAGGGAGCUCUGAGCUAGCACAUUGUUGAAACUCAUUCCCAAGACUGCUUCUGGGAAGCCCAAGGAAGAGAGGGGGGCACUAAUCUUCGUGCAGAGAGGGACAAAUGAAACUAGGGCAUGGAGAGGAUUGCUUGAUAGCCUGAUGCAGCAGCCACCCUGAAACGGGUUUCCUUUUGCUAAGACCGCUAAGGGCAGGAUUACUUAUCGCUUAUCAGGAAUCCUAUAAACUAAUAAAGACUUCCACCUACAAGCAUGCAAUUCAGCCCUAUGCAUGUUGAAUUGUGUUCACGGUGUGUGUGUGUGUUACAUUCUCGUGUCUCUAGGACUGCAACCUUAAAAUGCUUUAUUAAAAUGUUUAAGGAUAGCAUUCUGAUUAAAAUGGCUCAGUCUGCAGCAGUGGCAUAGCGUGGGUUAUCAGCACCCGGGGCAAGGCAAGUAAUUUGCGCCCCCUAACCCGUGGAUUUGCGCCCCCUAACCCUAACCCCAAGAUGUUGCGCCCGGUGCGGCCGGGCCCCCCUGCACCCCCCACGCUACGCCACUGGUCUGCAGAUAGGUCCACUGUCUGUAUUCUCUUAGAUUUUCCUGUCAAGGGUCACACUCCCUUGGAGUAAUCUGUUGGGGGCCACUUACAAACGGUGGGCAGCGCUGAAACCAGCAAUGGGUAGAAGCAGAGCCCAAUGUGGGGUGGCUACCCAUUUUCUUGUGCUCUUUCUGUAACACCAGCACCACACUGCAUCUCUGACAUGCCUUGUUCUCUGUCCCCCCUCCCAGCCUGACUCUUGUCAGAAGUCUGAACUGAUUGCUUGCAGGGGGCUGGGGCCACACAUUGCCCACCUGAAGCUAGGAUGAGGCAUAUUAGUCCAACUUUGGGUCAGGGAGGGGGAACCACCUUUGGUCUGUGGCCCAGUUUUGACCUGCCAGGCCUCCCCAUUUUCCCCAAAUGAACACCUGCUUCACAUCUGGUACAGCUGAAGAUCCCAACAGAAAGCCGGAUUGAACCCCCCAGCCAUCCGUUGAUGCCCAGGCAGUUCAAUCCUGCUUAUCCUGGGAGAGAGUUCCUUACGGAAAGCAGGAUUAAACUCCCCACCCAUCAACUGAGCAACAAAGAAUAGUAACGGGGAUCAAGGGAUCUGUUGCUGCUUCAAACUGAAUAGCAAGAUGGGGCUCCCAUUUGAUCUCUGCUGAUGGUUACUUUCCCCCCAACACACAGUACAUCCAAGAAAGUGGGGUAGAAGAUCUGGUGAGGCCACUCCUGGCGAUUCUCGACCGGCCCGAAAAGUUGCUUCUCCUCAGAGAUAUCAGGUAGGAACAGGAAGCAAUAAACCGUGGGAGGCUGAACUGCACCACUAAACUCAGAGGGUGGGGAGAGGGAGCACAGGAGAGAAGUGCACAUCACCCCAGCCUUGCCCAGGGUGCCCAUUGCUUCCUUCUGGUGCUCUUUGGUUAUUUGCCAUGUUCUUCCCCCAAAACAGCUGCAUUGCAUGAGCAGAUAGUUGAGCCACCAAACACCCAUGAGUCUUCUCUCCCACUUUUUUUUUACAGGAGUGUGAUCACCCCCACGGAUCUGGGCCGUUUUGACAGUAUGGUUGUGCCGGUGGAGCUUGAAGCUUAUGAUGCCCUGAAGAGCAGAACAGGUGGGGAAGGAACCAGCAAGGAUCACAGGUGGAAGGAGGAGGGGGUGAUGAUGGAUUGGGGGGGGGGGCUUGUCAAAGCUCUCUUUCAUUUUAUGGAUGCUAGAAGCAGUUGGUGGAAAACAUUCCUAUUCAAAAGGGUUGCCACGAGGAAAGGAUCAUUUCAGUCUAUUUAUUUGUCCUGAAAAGAAAGCAAAUGGGGUGAUAUGGGGAGAGCUCAGCUGAAUCAACAUUUCUUGCAAACCAUCUGAAUAUUUAUUCCAAAUGACUGUUGAUUUUUCUGCUCAGUUCUUCUUGGCACCAAGAGACAAAAUCAUGGGUAAAGCCAGGAUUUAUGUUGCGGGGAGGGGCAGGCUUCAUGUUAGGGGGCAGAAACUUAGUUAAGUAUUUUUACUGAUCUACUUGAUUUAGGGGGGCAGCUGCCCCCCUGCCCUCCUUAGCUACACCCGUGGGCAAAAUGGAUGUAGUGCCAUUCAUGCAACUAGCAAUUGCCCCGUGCAGUGUGAGAAAAGUGGCAGUGGACCCUUUGACUAUCUAGGGGCCCCAGCCAGUUCCUUGGCUUGCCAGUCUCCACUGCUGGUUCAACCUAUCCUGAGUGCCAGCAACUGAGCCUGGAGUUGCGUAAAGCAGGGAAGGGAAACGUGGUUCUUGAAGAUGGGGCUGGGCUCCAACUCCCAAGAUCCCAGAUCCUUGGCCAGGGUGGCUGAGGCUGAUGGAACGUGGAGUCCAGCAAUACCUGGAAGGCCUCAGGUUCCCCCAUUCUUAAUGCAAAGUACGAGGGAGUUUCUGAACAUGUACAUAGCACAUCCUCCUUCGUCACAGAGUGUGAGCUUAGCUUUGUGUAUAUAUACAUACAUAAUGCUCUCAUGGGAGUAGGGCAAAUAAGCCUUCUAUAGAAGAAGGCCUGGCUUCCGAAGCCCCGGGAGCUCCUUUUUCUCUAGAAAUUAACCCCUGAGGGGAAAGUAGCCAGGAAGAAGGGCUGGCCACGAUGCCACCCAAGAUCACUGUGCAAAAGAAAAUGAAGCUCAAUUUGUCCACCUUUCCCUCUUCACAGUGAGGUCACCUGCUCUCCGCCCAGCACAGCAAGAAACACCUCCCAAGAGACAUCUCAUCACCCCAGUGCCUGGUGAGUCCCCAGCCUUCAUCCUUGGGGGUCACACGCACACCGUGCUUAAAUGUAGCCCCCAAAAUAUUGUACUUAGGAAUCGAUGUGGGGGGAAAGACUUUGAGUUUGAGAGUGAGUUAUAAUACAGAUGGCAUGAAUGUGUGCAUUUCAUUUCAUUUGCAAGAGAUGUUCUAGUUGCAGCGCUGGGGUUUCUGCAAAAUGUGGGGUGUGUUUGGCAAAGGAGGGUGUCAGGCCCACAUAUCUGGCACCUCUGGUUCAGUUAACUCAGGCAGCAGGGCUGGUGAAACUCUUCUGUGAGCCUCUGCUCAUAGGGAGAGAUGGUGCUCAGCAAAAAGGGGGGCGAUUGGACUGACUUGCUUAAGCCAGCUCCUUACCUAGGAACCAAGAAUGGCACAUAGGUAUUGUGGUAACCAAUGAGAAGGGCCAUAUUUGUGAUUCCUGCUAACACACACACAUACACCUCCAAAAAAUCUCAGCCGAGGAAGCGCAGUCGAGACAACCAUUUCUUUUGUAUUCAGUAUGGUGACAUUAACUCAAAAUGUUAUGUUUUGAACAAGGUUGAAGUUGGUUGCCAUUUCACAAAUCCUUAUCCGCAUGGAAGUUCCAGUGCAACCAAGGAACUGGGAAGUAUUAGCCAACUUCAACCACACAUUUCCAGUCCUUUCCACAAGUUAGGGACAGAGGAAGCUUCCUAAAACCCAGACCAUAGGUGUAGAAACAGCUUGUUAUUGACUGGAAGCAGUUCUCAAGGGUGUCAGGCAGGGAACAUUCCUAGCCAGGGAUUGAACCUGAGACCUGCAUGCAGAGCAAAUGCUCUCCCACGGAGCUACGGUUCCUUCCAAGUUCACUUCAGGCAUUCAGAUAUUAGACCCAUCUCACCUAGCUGCUUUCCCUUUUUCUGAGGAUUGAUAGGACAGGGCUGCUCAGGUGAUGGUCACAUCCUGUGACUCUGGUUUCAGAUUUCCGGGGCAGCUUCCUCCUGAAGCCAGUGACCAGCGAGGAGAAAGGAGGGGAGGCGGAGGAAGCAGCAGCAGCGCUGAAGGAUAGGAUGAAAGGCCUGCAGCUCUCGUCCAGCCCUAGACGGACUCACCCCCGAGGCUAUACCCCUCUUCCCGACGUGCCAGUGGAUGCCUACGCCUCCCACAGCAUCUCCGCCUCAACUGCUGGGGGCGGUGGGCAGCCCCACUGGUUCCUAAGCAAGCCCGCAAAAAUGUCAGCGAGCCCCACUCGAGCAGCACCCCCUCGGGAAGAGGUGGGGCAACCCCACGAGCAAGGGGAUGGGCGGCCUGGCCGAGGGAGGCCUCGCACGCCCAAGUCAAGCCAUGGCAAAGCCACAGUCUGGGGACCACAUGGGGAAGUCCAGCCUGCCAAGGACACCCUGUACUCUGCGGUCAACAGGCCCCGAAGAGGUAGGCCCCAGCUGAAGCAGCUCUUCAAGGACGCCCCGGCCUCUGACCAAGAGGGCCUGCUCCAAAAUGGCCCCAGUGAUGUCCUGGAGGAAGACUAUGAGCUGCUGACGGUCAACCUGUCCAAGAGCAAACAGUCUCUGGGUAAGUUAAAGGCACCGCUGACAGCCCUGGUAAUGGAAGCAAAGGUCCCAGCCCUUCCUCCUGGUGAUUUGCGUACAACUAAGGAAACAGUUCUCAACUCUCUCCCUCUGACUAUUACGAGGUGAGGAAUCUCAGGCUACCAAAAGGAAUAGAUCUGAGAUUUCAGGCUUCAGUUCAUUGGAAGGUAUCAAAGGGAGGGGGGGGUCACAUAUGGAUAGCCCUUCCUGUCACCUCCAGCAAAGUCGAUAGCAGCUACAGACUUCCUUCAGUCUGGGAGGAGCAUUGCAAUGGUUUGCCACCCAGGUUGCUUGUGUUCCCCUGUGGUGGCCUGGAUUGUACUUCACAUUUCCCUAGAACAGGAGAAGGGAGAUUGGACUCGACUCCCAUCAGCCCCAGCCAGUGUGGCCAAUGGUGAAGGAGGACAGGAGCUGUCCUUCUCCUGCCCAAGGAUGGCAAGGGAAAGUUUAGAAACCUCUCUGAUUUUUCAGCAGGACUACCCUGCUUUGGAGGACUGGUAAACAAGGUGGUGAACACCCAUUUAGAAUUAGGUCUCAUCCACACCAUACCUUUAAAGCACUAUUAUGCCACUUUUAACAGUCAUGGAGAAGUCCAGUUGCUGUGAGGAAAGAGAAACGAGUCUUUUGCUUCCAGCAGCAAAACCUUUUGGCUUGGUCCUGCUACCUGACCAGGUCAGGACACCAAAUUGGAAGACCAUGUGCUUAAGGAGUCUGCAGGCCUAUUGUUUGCCGAAUUGCCAGCAAGUGAAGCAUGUGCGCCGCUCUCUGGCACCACCUGCUGUUCUAGGCUGUUGGCACACCUGGUGCUCCUGUUCUCCAGACAGGGAGGGUGGUAUUGGCAGUGGGUUGUAUUGGCUCAGCCACCUUUCCAACUUACUACUGAGUGCUCACAGAGAACGACUUUGUUUUCCAGGGAUCAGUAUUUCCGGUGGGAUAGAGUCCAAAUUGCAGCCAAUGGUGAAGAUUGAAAAGAUUUUUCCAGGGGGAGCAGCAUCCCUGAGUGGAGAACUGGAGGUAAGCAGAGCAGCAAAGCAAGGCUGGCUUUCAGCAGCACCAGCUCCAUACAGAGGUCAGAUACCCCCCACCCACAAACCUUCCUUGUUUCUCUACUUAGCAGCUGAGUAUUAUGAUCCGCCCAUGACCCACUCGUACACCCAGAGCAAAGCACUACUCAGUUAUUGAUGGUCUGGGCCAGCCUAUCUCAACCUUGGGUCCCCAGCUGUUAUUGGACUACAACUCCCACCAUCCCAAGCUAGCAGGAACAGUGGCCAGGGAUGGUGGAAGUUGUAGUCCAACAUCUGGGGGCCCAAGGUUGAGAAAGUCUGGUCUAGGAAGCCAAUGUAGUGUGUGCUCUCCGUGUUACUGGACUAUACCUCCCAUCAGCCCAAGUCACCAUGGUUAGGGAUGGUGUGAAGUCAACAGGAUCUGGAGUGCAGCACAUGGGCUGUCCCUAGUGUAGCUGAUCUUUGCAUAGCCAUUAUAUAUUUCUUCUCAGCUUGCCCACAGCAACAUACACAGCUUCUGCAGGAUGCAGCAAACAACACUUACUCUGUGCACUUUCAAUAGGAUUUGUGCAGUUGCUUCAGAAGCUCUGUUGGGAGCCAGUAUUUGCACAUCCAGCUGCUCCCCCCCCCACAUAACCCACCAGCAGAGGAGGACAGCACCCUCCCUCCUAUCCCCCAUACUAGCAGGGAAGCAACUUGGCCAAGGUCACCCAGGGGAGUCUGUAAUAGAGCAGGCAGCAAUCUCUCUGCUUCCCUAAUCCCUGUACUCUCGCUUUGCAGUCUCUACAGUCUGUUCUUCCCCCCUCCUCCUCCCAUCAAAGCAGCCUGUCCCUCUGCACCACUGUUCAUGCAGCCUUAAUCCUAUGCAAGCUUACUCAAAAGUAACACACACACACCCCGAGUGCAAGGGAGCUUAAUCCCCAAAGAUGAACAGGACCGCAGCUUCUGUGUGGAAUUGCGACACAUAGAACCUACUAAAUUUACUCCUCUGUUCCUAUUGCUAUGAAUUUAUAAAUUGCUUUCAAUGCAAGCACACUUUUACUGUACAACUGAAAAAGACUGCAUGGAGGAAUUUAUUGCAGCUUGUAGGAUCUUGAUGAAACCAUUGUAAUCUAAAAAGCAUGGUGCAUAAGUGGGGCUAAUGCGGAAGGAGUAAAAAAAGAGAGACAGAGAGAUUUCAGCCAAUCAAAUCCAUAUACAGGAAGGUAAUAUAACAAUCCUACAAGUGUGCCAUAUCAUAUCCCUUUGCCAGGGAGGGAGACCUUCAUCGGCAAAGCCUGGAUCUACCGUAUUUAUUCAUUAAUCAAUGACGUUUUUAUCCCACUUUUUUGUCCCAGUAUGAGGACACACUGGGUUAUGCUAGCAAAACAGGAUUUCCCCGUAAUUACUAGGGUUCAAGACCCACCUUAUUCCAGAGUAUGUCUCAGAGUCCAUCACCACAGGACUGGGAUGGGAUCACUAGAUCACAAGCAGGGGAAUCCCAAGUGAGCCACACUGAUCCCUGUGUUUGCGAAAGAGUGAUCAAAGCUUUCUAAGGAGCCACCAACUCAAGUUGAGCAAGCCAAUCUCCUGGCUCCCAAACAGAAGAGUGUGCCGUGGUGGCCAUGCCAGGAAUCUGACCCCCACCCCACCCACUUACAUUGCCCCUUCCAUGGCAAAGGGGUUGCGCCUCCCAUCUGACAUCCCCACAGCCCAACCUCCCUGCGCGUUAUCACCCUUUUAAGACACCCGCCCCCUCCCCACCAAGUACGCACUCAUUGUGCUUUGUCCUAUAAUGAGGCCGAGGGCCCCAGCGGCAGGCAUACACACCCCAUUGUGCCAUUCAGGGUUCCCCACGGUUCAGGGCGCUGUGCGGCAUUUCACAAGGCCUGCGUAAUGAGGCCGGGCGCUGACAAAGAACCAUUGUGGGCCUUGGCCCGCCCGCCCGCCCACCAGGCAACUUUUCAUCUGUCCCCGGGAGCAGCUGUAAUUAGAUUUCCCCCUCGGUGGCCUCUUUGCUGAGGGGACGGCAGGCCCAGAUUGCCAGGUGGCUCUGGAGGGGGGGAAGCCUAAUGGUCCCCCAGGUUGCUGUGGCGGGGAGAAACGGUCAAUGGCUGGCUAGAGGCACAGGUGACACUCCUCUGCGAUAUUUAUGGAGGGCUGGUGGUGGUGGAGGAGGGUGUUGACCUAAGGCUUGCCAGUUUCUUCAAAGCUCCCUUCUCUGCAGCCAGACCACCUCCCUGCCAAGCCCAGAGACAGGAGUCUCUCUCUCUCUCUCCAGCUUAGCUUUUGCAUUACUGCUAUACACAGGGAUCCAGCUAUUCUGCUAACUCAGGAUGCAAUAUCCAGCUUGGCAUUGUCGCUUGACACGUAACUGAACUAUGGGACUCUCUCCAACAGGAGGCUGUGAUGGCCACCAGUUGGGAUGGCUUUUAUUUUAUUUAUUUUUUAAUGAUAUUUAUUGGGGGGGGGAAUUUAAAAUUACACACACAAAAAAGACAGAAAAAUAAAAAUAAAAAAUAAAACCAUCAUUCUCAAAUUCUCCACUUUCAAUACCUUCUUUCUUUGACCUCCUCCUCCUCCCUUUUCUUGUAUCCUGAUUAAUAAUAAUCACAGCAAAUCCUUUCCAUAAUUCAUAGUAUUCUGUCAUUACAUUACCUUAAUCUAUUUUCAUCUUAUCUUAUAGAAAACCUUAAAGUUUAAAACUUAAAUCUUAUUUUUACCAACUUCUCCUAGCCAUAACAUUCUUACCAAAUUCUUUAGACAUUUUUACAAGAGCCAAGUAAUUUCAUUUCAACAUUUUUCUAGCAUUCAUCAAUUUUAUAGAACAAUCCUAAUGAUAAAAAAAAAGAAAUAAACAAUCCAAUCUUCAUCCAGCAUCCCUUCCUCCUGGUCCUGGGUUUUGUCAGUCCUUUUUAUCUUAUUAAUCUAGCACAUUAACCUGGUAAUCUUAUAUCCGAAGCCCUCAAGUCUCUUCCAUGUCCCUUCCGCAGCUCUUCUUCAUAUUUUCCUUUCAUUCGUGGGAACUCCAGCUUGGUAAUGUUUUUGACCCUUUUCAACAAAUCAGCCCCUUUUCCAUAGUCCAGACUAGACUCCAUGUGGUAUUUAAAAACAUGUUUCAGAUUCCCUCCAAAAUUGAGAGCCCCCACAGCUCCAAACAUCUGACGGCCCAUUGCCAGACUCGAAAAGUCCAAAUCUCCUGUAUAGGGGGCCUGUCCAACCCCCAUUUCCAAACCAAACCAAACUUUAUCUUUCCAAGUCUGGUUUUUCCAAGUUCAUUUAUCAAAUCCAAAAAUUUAUGUUCCUGCUGGGCCGCAGCUCCCUCCGUCUCUGGCGCCCAAGAUUCAGCAGCAUCCUCUUCUCUCAACUGUUCUGUCAUGGCACACUCCUGUUUUAGCUCCUGGGUGGGCUCCAUAUAAUUUCCCACUACCUGUUCAAAGGUUCUGGCCGCAUUAGUCAUCAAAUCUGUCUUCUGGCUUAACUGAUCCAAUAGGGCAUUUAUUUUGCAGAGAGCACCCAACAGUGCUUCUGAAGACAUUGUCCUGCAAGGUCACAAAUCCUUUCCCACGGUUGUAAUCUGUGACAGCUGCAAGCUCCCAGGAAUUAGUUACAAUUUCACAGUCCCCCUCUAGGGGGAAAUCUUCUGGUUGUUCUUUCUUUUAAAAACAAUAGCAAAAAGUUUCUUUUUAAGGUAUUUUGUCCAUAUUUGUUCUUUUUAAAAUGCGAAAGGAAACAAUGGAAUCACUAUGUUUCUCUUCUUUUAACUAUCUGUCAAAGACAUUUGUUUCUGGUCAAUGAGCUUCAAACGUCAAUUCUGACACCCCGCUCCAGGAUCAGGACAGUGGAAAAUUACUUUGCUUUAAACUCACUUCUGCAGGUUUAAACAGCCCAAAAAAGAUCCCCCUUCUUCUCCUGCUGCCGAAGGGGGGUUCAGCGAUUUUAAAUGAUGAAAGCCAAUCCUUUGAAAGUGAUUUUUAAAGCUCUAGUUUACGUUGUCUUUGCUUUAUUCUGGCUACAAGGAAACGGAAGGCUGACUUCCUGUUUAGACCUUCCUGUUUCAGUACCAAAUUAAGGUAAAUUUUUAAGUCCAAAUUCCUUUCUAUUUCGCCAGUUCUUAUUUAAAGUCCAAAUGUUCAAUGUUCCAGUACUCACGGGUGGUUAUUUUAGAUGCCAAAUUGUCCCAGGAAAAAGGCAGCGCUCUCCGGCAACGGCUAUGCGGCUUCGCUCCGCAGAAAAGCAAUUGACUCACAGCACCGCGCCACUUCCCCUCUUCGCUUCGGAGCCCGUUAGUGGGUUCCUUUGCGGGUUGGGGGGGCGCUAAGGGUGCCUGCCGAGUCCCACAGUCACAGGCUUCAUCCGCCUGUGAUUUCCAGAAGGGUCCCCGCUUCGCCGUAGCGGAAAAGACCAGUUUCAUGCGGAGCUGGUCCCUCCAGUUCAGAGGGAGUCCGCCAUUGCCGAUGGCGCCACCCCGGAAGUAGGGAUGGCUUUUAAAGACAAGUCAACAAAACCGAUGACUACUAGCCAUAGUCAGAGGCAGUUGUGGUUCUCAACACAAGUUGCUGGGAAUUGCAGAAGGGACGUGCUCUUGCCCUUGGGUCCUCCUUGCCACUUUCCUACAGGCACCUGCCUGGCUAUUGUGAGAACAGGGUGAUGGGCUAGAUGAUCCAGCAGACUGUUCUUAUGUUCUUGUGGCAUUGCUGGGCAUCUGCUAAGGUCCACAUCUGAACAGGGGACCCGCUGCCAAUCUCUGGAGGCUCCUGGACAUACUGUUCCUCCUCCUUGUUGUUACUUCCUGUUUUCCUCCCCUCUUCAACCUUCUGAGCAGUGCAAAGAGCAAGAGCAGUCACUUCUGCACACCUUGCAAUGGGCAAGCUGUAGUGCCCACUGAAGGCAAUGGGAGAGGCAAGUUAUUGGGCAGCAACAACUGCAGUGAGAAAGAGGUCUCAUUCAGGGGAUGGAGCUCACCGAGGGCAUCAUAUCCAAAGAACCAGCACUGAAGAAUAUGUGCAGUGUUCCCCGGCCUGGUGCUCACCCAGACGUUUGGGAUUACAAUCCCCACCCACCAAGAUGGCCAAAGAUCAGGGAUGAUGGAAGUUGUAUUCCACAACAUCUGGAGGACACCAUGUUGGCUGCUCCUGUUUUAGACUAAUAUCCACCAGCCCCAGUCAGCAGGCUAGCUGGGGCUGACGGGUGUAGCCCAAAACAUCUGGAUGGUUAAGGAAGGCUGAUAUACAGAGUACCAAGGGGCAUAGCAAAGAUGGAGCUGCUUACACAAGUGAGACACAGGAAAGGUAAGUCAACUGAGGGGCUUGUUCCAUGCAGCAUCACCAUAGCUAAGACAGCUUGGUUCCCGUGUAUAUUUGGUGACUCUAGCUUUGAAGUGUCCUACCAUGCUUCUGCUCUAAGAGCUCCCUGGCAGGUUUCAGACAGGGGUCUUUCCCAGCCCUACCUGAAGAUGCUCAGGGUUGAACCUGAGACCUUCUGCAUGGGAGGCAGAUGUUCUGUCACUGAGCUGCAGUCCUUCUUCUUGAGCUACAUCUCUUCCCCGAUAUAAAACAUAUAGGAAUACUGGGCCUCCCUUUCUAACUCCUUCGGGGUUUUUUUUUUGCUAGGCGGGCCAAGAGCUGGUUGCAGUGGAAGGGGAGAGUUUGCAGAACGUGACCCACCAGCGAGCUGUGGACAUCAUCCGCCAGGCCUAUCGCAACAAAGCCAAGGAGCCUAUGGAGAUUGUGGUGAAGGUGCCGAAGAGAGCCAGGUAA